AUGCAGCAGAGGGGCGUGGACUACUCUGUGACUCACCUACAGUUCUCCGCCUCAGGAGGCUGCCUCUUGAGCGGUGGGAACAGCGGCAUCGCAGAGCUCUGGGAUGGUGACCAGCAGGCGGCGACCGCGUUCAAGUAUGCAGGCAGCAUCCGGGGCUGGACAUUCUCUGCGGAUGAAGCCUUCGUGUUGGCGAACAGUGCAAAAGAUGCAAGCUCACUCAACUCUCCGGGUGUGCAGGGGGCCGCAGACGUCAUUCUGGCUUUUCCUCUGGACUUGCGUUUCCCACGAAGCGGCUUUCAGCUUGGACUUCACAGGGUCGUCGGUGGACCGCUGGUGGCCUCACCAAAUGGCUUCUUUUUGCUUGAUGCCCACUACGAAAGUCCUCACAUGUUGUCGUUAUGGGAUGUCCGCGGGCGUAUGACCGUGCCCGUGACGGAAGCGCAUACGAACAUCUCUCUGGUCGACUUGGUGCACUUUCCUGGCACGGACUCGGUCCUUGUAGGUGGUAACAGCGAGCAGGUAGCAGACUCGUCCCAAGCCGUCGUUCAGCAGUGGCGCAUGCCGUGGCAGCGUGCAGUUUACCAAGGCUCCUGGUGGUACAAUCUGCAACAGCGGCAGAUGCAGCUGGAAGGUGUCUAUCACCUGGACGAAUGCAAGCUGUCUUCUUUGGCGAUCGCGGAGGCUUUCCAACAAAUGGCGGCCGGCUGCGAAGGCUCGACCAUCCGGUUCGUGGAGAAGGGGGACUUUUCUGGAAAGGCGGUGCGCGUCAUCUCCUUGCCAUCUGGGCAAUUUGCGACAGCAUUGGCUUUUCAUGACAAGACUCUCUUCGUUGGGACGCAGAUGGGCGCUGUGUGCUCACAUGGCCUGGAGGACUCCACGCGGUCGGACAUUCAGGCCAUGGGUUGCCAGUUUCCCGGCGGACGAAUCAAUGUCCUUCGAGCCAUGCCCAGUGCUGCGCAGGUCUUCAGCGGAGGCGACAAUGGCAGGAUCUGCAAAUCUCAGUUUGUUGGACACGAGCCCGGGAACAUGACUUGCCUUGAUGUCCCAGGCAUGGAGCCUCGCGGCGUGCUGAGCUUGCAGCUCUUUCUGAAUUCCACGAAGCUGGCUUCCAGCUCCGUCAAUGGCGCCCUUGCUGUCUGGGACUUGACACUUCCUGCGGAGUUGCAGCUGAAGCCUUUGGAGUGGUUUCAGAGCUUGGACUACUACAUGACCAUGACUAUCUCUCCUGAUGGAGCCUUCUUCUACACAACUGGCACCCUUGGAGGGAUCUCAGCACGCUACGUGGACUCAGUGCCGUCGGCCGUCAGACGGCUGAAGUCAUCGCCUCUCUGCAGAUCGAACAUCUGCACCACCUCGUCAGUCACUUUGAGAAAUCGCGAGCCGGUGGACUUUCCUGGUUGGUUGGAAGUCACGCCGCUGCGAUACCUCAACUGCCACUCUGGAGAGAUCGUGUCCAUGCCGACCAAGCCUCCGGUCAGUAUGCGGCUAGUCAACCUGAGCAAUGCGGUUGUGUACUACUGGCUAUCCAUGGGAGAGAGCUGGUAUUCGACCCCGACAGUCGUAGACUUGAGGGACACAGAUGUGACUGGCAUACCGAUCUUGCACGGCGAGGCUGUCCGCCUGGUGACCGACAGGAACUGCAUCGACGCAGCAAAAGCGAAGGCUUCGAAAAUCUUCUCGACGCUGGACUAUUGCAUCCUCCGAAGUCCGCAGCAGGGUCAGCUCUGUGCAAGCCACUUCGUCUCACACGACAUGUCACGGGAGGCUUUGUCUGCAAAUGUGGAGGGCGCCAGCCUUCCCCGCAUGACAGAAAUCUGGAUCGACCAUGAUGAUUUUCCAGCUUGGCUUUGCGACUGUCCGGCCGGCAGGUACGGCCCGAACGGAACGGACUGCCAGCUUUGCAAGGAUAACCAUUACUGCCCUGCUGCUGGAGAUGGGGACGUUGCCAAGAAUGCGCAGGCAAAGCCUUGUCCCCCAGGUUCAGGAUCUACCGCGACGGGCCUCGUGAAUUUGUCGUCCUGUGAAUGCCUUCCUGGGUUCUACGAGAAAGGUGAGGGCCCGGUCGGAGGCCCCAUGUGCGAGACAUGCCCAUCUGGAGAGUCUACAUUUGGGUAUGGCCAGACGCUCUGCAUGUCAUGCACAUUCGGCUACCGUCCUCUUGCCCGGAGUCCGCAUCGGGAACCUCCGAAAGGGCCGCCACAAGGGAGGAUGCUGGAAGCCUCCGCGCAGCUCCGAGAUUCGCGCAAGCCUUCAUCGCCUGGUGUCUCCGUCGAGCCUUUCGCGUGGGGCAGCGAGUGCUAUCCAGACUGGUACGGCAUGGGUUUCGUCUGUGUCCUGCAGGUGGCCGUGAGCCUCACUUUUUGGGGCCUCCAACGCCACUGUCGAGGUCUUGAGAUCAAAGAUGUCUCUCUCGAUCGUGGGAACUGGGUCUGUGCGACAGCUGGAAGGCGCAACAUCGUUAUUUGGCCUGGCGUGCUUGACCGAUUCAGCGCGGUCUUUCGGGAUACUGGCAACCCAUAUCUCGACCUGGAAAUCACGACGGACUUGCCGGGGGAGCAGCCGGAUGGAGUGCAGGCACUGCCUGGAGUCGGCGGUCUUCGCAUGGUUUUGCUGAGGAAUGGGAGGGAGCUCGACACACUGGGCCCUCGCUUGGACACCUCCCGCGGCUUCGUGAACUUCCGGGGCCCAUGGCUCUGGCUUCUCUCAGGCAGAUAUGUGCCCAAUGCGCUGUCGGUGCCAUUUCUGUUGAUAGUUGCGCAGCUCCUUCUCACUCAGUCCUACUUCAGGAAGUUUUGGGUGCUCUUCGGGCUAGCCUCCACUUCCGUCAUCGGCCUGGUCAUGCUCUUGCUGAUGAACUGCUGCUCCUCCCAGUCCGCCCUGAACUACCUGCUGACAAACUUUUCGCGCCAGCUGCCAAAGCCUAUGUCUGUGUUGCGCGGGCCGCAACGUGCUAUCCGCCUUGACAGUAUUUUGGAGCUCCAGCACCACUUUCGGUUCAUCAUCGGCGAUCGAGACAUGUACUAUGUGACCUCAAACAUCCUCCAUCCGCUGACGAAGCCACCCCUUGCGAAAAGCCGGUACUCCUACGCGGAAGUGGCAGGGCCUGUGCGCGCCACCUUCUUCGUGAGUCACUACUGGGGUAUGCCCUUUGAGCACUCCGUCAAGAGCUUGUCGAAGCAUGCUCAAUUGGCAGAUCAGAGAGACUUCAAGCAGACCAGCUACUGGGUGUGCUCGUUUGCAAUCAACCAGCACUGCAUCGAAGAGGAGUUGGGGGGUGGCGACCUUUUCCAGUCGUCCUUCUACAUGGCGCUGGUGGAUCCCAGGACCAAAGCCACUGUCAUGUUACUGGACGACGAGGCCACGCCGCUGACCCGGGUGUGGUGCCUCUUUGAGGUGCUGCAGACCUUCAUCCUAUCGCACCAGCAGCCCGGAUUUCAG